AUGGUCUCUUCUCCUGCGGUGGACGGCAGAUGCGGCGUUGGGCUGCUCAGCGCGCUCCUGCUGCUGCUCUCAGCCUCCGGGUGCUCCGCUAUGGACGUGCUUGUUCCCAGUGAAAUCAACGCUCUCAACGGGACAACUAUCAAAAUCCCCUGCACGUUUACCUCCUGCUACAAAUUAGACACCACAAAGUUUGUCAUGAACUGGACCUUCCAUGAGACGGCCAACGACACUGAGGAAAUGUUCAUGGCGUACUACAAGAAGAAGGGCAUGGUGGCGCUGCGCUCGGACCGCUUCGGGGACAGGGUGAUGUUUGCGGGGAACCUGGACAAGAACGACCUGUCCAUCACUCUGUCGGACGUCCAGCCGGAAGACGCGGGAAUCUACAACUGCUACGUCCGCAACCCCCCAGACCGCAUCCAGGGCCAGGGGAUCAUCAACCUGGUGGUGGUGACUGAACUUCCUGCGCCCAGAGACUCGACCAUAGCCGUGGCCAUAGGAGCGUCGGUGGGAGGGGCCUUAGCUCUGCUCAUCCUGUCCAUGGUGGUGGUGAAAUGCCUGCGCCGACACCGCAAACAGGAACUCAUAUCAGAGGAGAAGAUGGAGGAGGAGGGCAAGCUGGAGGCAGAAGGAGUGGCAGAGGAGGAGACAAAGCAACCCUAA